UCUGCGCCUCUGCCACACCCACUAGAACCUUUCCCGCCCCUCCGAAAGUCGCCUCGCCUACAGCCGCUUUACGCUUACCACCAGAUACUUACUUACCUUACCGGAGAGGGUUCAUCCUGUGUACAUCUCCCCGUCCCCCUUCUGCAUGUCCAUCAUCGCAUCCUGCAGUUAUCAGACCCGAUCCUGCUUUAAUUUUCUUUCUUUCUUUCCUUCUUUCUUUCCCUCCUCCUUCCGCUGCUUCAUUCCGCGUUCCUGCAGCGUGGUUUGCUUUGAGCUUGUGGUCGCUCCAUCAACGUCACUUGCUCACUAUCUUCCUCCGAACCAUCCUCCUCCCCUGGAAACUCCGUUCUGCCGUCAACAACCCCGCCAUUUUAACAAGAUCUGCCUGUAAGACUGGUGCUAAUCGAAGAACGUCCUGCCAUCUCGAUUCGGGCAAAGUUGACUGCAGGCAAUUCUCCCUCCUCGCAAGCGCCGCCGCCUGUCCUGCUCGAGGGACCUGCACUCUUGGCGCUCAGCCGCGCUGCACCUCCGUCUAUUGGCCCUUGGUGUGAGCCUUCCACCUCUGUGAUUCGGCCGUCCGCGAGUCCGCUUCUCAACCUUUCAUCUCACGCGGACCUCCACCUAACAUCCACCGCUCGGAUAUCCGCCCAUCCACAUUCCAAAUAGUUGCUCCACCGGUUACAGUCCGCCCCAAACGGACUUCGCAUCUCACUUCUGCGUUCAUUCCCGUCCGCUGCUGAACUGCACUCCUCCUUUCUCACGGUAGUGCUGAACUCGCCCACUCCAACCACCUCCACACCUUCGUGAUGUCACAGAGUCGGUCUGGGGCAUUCUCAAACCUACGUAUGGGUGAGGUCAUACGUGAAAAGGUCCAGGAUGGACUGACUGGAGAGACACGGGAGAUUCAAUACACACAAUGCAAAAUCGUCGGAAAUGGUUCGUUCGGUGUUGUUUUCCAGACCAAGAUGGCUCCUAGCGGCGAGGAUGCUGCCAUCAAACGCGUUCUUCAAGACAAGCGUUUCAAGAAUCGUGAACUUCAGAUCAUGCGAAUCGUGCGACAUCCCAACAUUGUAGAGUUGAAGGCUUUCUACUACUCCAAUGGCGAGAGGAAAGACGAAGUCUAUCUGAAUCUCGUUCUUGAAUAUGUGCCGGAGACGGUCUACCGGGCGUCACGAUAUUUUAAUAAGAUGAAAACUACCAUGCCGAUGCUCGAAGUGAAGCUCUACAUCUACCAGCUCUUCCGCUCUCUAGCGUACAUCCACUCCCAGGGCAUCUGUCACCGGGACAUCAAACCUCAAAAUCUCCUGCUCGACCCGACCACUGGCAUCCUUAAACUCUGUGACUUUGGCUCUGCUAAAAUCUUGGUGCCCAAUGAGCCCAACGUCUCUUACAUCUGCUCCCGUUACUAUCGUGCCCCAGAAUUGAUUUUUGGUGCUACAAACUACAUGACUAAAAUUGAUGUCUGGUCUACUGGUUGUGUGAUGGCAGAGUUGAUGCUGGGGCAGCCGCUAUUCCCAGGAGAGUCCGGGAUUGACCAGCUGGUGGAGAUUAUCAAAGUUCUGGGGACUCCGACUCGUGAGCAGAUCCGUACGAUGAACCCCAACUACAUGGAACAUAAGUUCCCGCAAAUCAAACCUCAUCCCUUCAACAAAGUCUUCCGAAGAGCUCCCCAUGAAGCCAUAGACUUGAUUUCGGCUCUCCUAGAGUAUACACCAACACGACGUCUGUCAGCUAUCGAGGCAAUGUGCCACCCUUUCUUUGAUGAACUCAGGGAUCCUAACACGCGGCUACCCGAUUCCCGCCAUCCUAACAAUCCACCAAGAGACUUGCCCAAUCUCUUCGACUUCUCUCGACAUGAACUCUCCAUUGCCCCCUCCUUGAACAACCUCCUGGUUCCCCCUCAUGCGCGUCCUGCACUUCUGGAGCGCAAGCUCGAUAUUGAUAACUUCACGCCUCUUACGAAGGAAGAAAUGAUGGCGCACCUUGACUGAGUCAAGACUUUAGCGCCUACGAAGUGUACGCCUGUUUGCGGUGCUAUCAUUUUGCACAUGUUCCCGAAAAAAGAAAAUUGUUUUUUUCAUGCCAUACGAGUUCCCUUUCAUGCAUCAGGUGGUCUUCGGCUGGGAAAUUGUUCUUCAAAUUCAUGGCCUUGGCCACCUGGGAAGGUUUUGGAGACUCGUUCCCUCUGGAGGUGGUGGAAAAUUAGGGGAAAGGGAAACAUCAGUCUGUGACUUGAUGGGAGGGUGAGGUGUUAGGGUUGGGGGAAAGAGUUUUUCAGGGAGCGGCGGAUCAUACGCUUUCACGCAAAGGGGGUGGAUUUUUUGUGCUCUGCAGUUGCGGGGGGUGUCUGAAAAGCAGCUCUUUGGAGAAAAGUGAUACCCUUUCUGCGUGAGUCUGCCUUCGGGAUUUAAGUCUGUACAGCUUCAUAUCUCGAUCGGGGGUGGGUUACGGGAACACAAUGCAGCAAAGUCGACAUGGAGGAGUAAGAGAUGGGACGAACUCCGGCGACUGCGUCAGUAUCGUGAUGAGAUGUCCUUCCAUUGGACGCACUCCGGUUGUAUCUACUUGGAAUAUAGAUGUUGGUGGAUCUGUCCUGACUUGCUGCGCCAGAUGCACCUUUCCCUUUGCUCUUUCUUCUCUUGUCUCCUUCUCAGGCCUUUACUCUCAUAUCAGGCCGUCUCAUUCGUUUGGUUCAGCUUGGCUACUGGUCGCCCUUGACCUUGCCAUUGACGAAGCUACAUGUCUUUUUAUUCCGAAAGCAGACUACUUGUUUCUUUUCCAAUCUAGAGACUCUCAAGAUAUAUACACAAAAACUUUCCUUCCUGGGUUGUACGACCAUUCGAGUCGCCAGGUUUGUUAUAUC